GUUCCUUCCCACGCACCUCUGUGUGCAUUGUAACCCUAGCUGAUAACUAUUUGCUGUAGGGACAUUAGAUGAGGUCUGGCAGUGUACAGCACUGCGCACCAGCCCGCCAGAGCCGCACCUGUAUACACGCUGCAGGUGUAGUGACACGUCAGUGAGUGGCCGCUCUGGUGCCACUCGUUUACUGGUUAUUGGUAUGUUACUGGUUGCCUACAGCUCGUCUCUCCAGCUUUACUGGUCUAGUGAGUCCCUCUCCAUACAGGAAUUAUGUGAAGCAAUCCCGAUGGCGACAGGUUUAUAAGGGUGGAGAGAACAUAUUCUGCCAGAAUCCCACUUCCUAUGAACUACCGAUGCCACAUCCGCACCUUGUGAUCACGAGCAGUUCCUUUCCUAUGCCCAGCACGGUAUUCUGAGGACUACAUCUUUUGUACAUUUCCUGAGGCAACAGUACACACUGUGCCCGCAGAGUUUACUCUGGAACCAUGUCAGGGAGUUACACCCCGUCUCCAGGAGGUCCUUUCUCAGCCCUCACGCCAAGCAUGUGGCCACAAGACAUACUUGCCAGAUAUACUCAAAAGGAGCAGACUGUAGAUCAGCCAGAGUUUCGUUACGAUGAGUUUGGAUUCCGAGUAGAUAAAGAAGAUGGCGCAGAACCAAAUUCAAGUAAGUUGUUGGGAAUUCCACUUACAGAAGAUCCCCAGCAGAGGUUAAAGUGGCAGGCCCAUCUAGAAUUCACCCACAACCAUGACGUAGGAGACCUAACGUGGGACAAGAUUGAUGUGACUCUCCCCCAUUCUGACAAGUUACGAACCCUUGUGCUAGCUGGAAUCCCCCACAGCAUGAGACCACAGCUCUGGAUGCGGCUGUCAGGUGCCUUACAGAAGAAGAGGAAUUCAGAAAUGACAUACCGAGAUAUUGUACGGAACAGCUCCAACGAUGAUACAUUAGCUGCUAAACAGAUCGAAAAGGAUUUGCUUCGCACUGUGCCCAGCAAUGCGUGUUUCUCCAAUCUGCAAAGUGUGGGUGUGCCUCGUCUCAGAAGAGUGCUGCGCGGCCUGGCAUGGUUGUACCCGGAUAUUGGGUAUUGCCAAGGCACAGGCAUGGUGGCUGCAUGCUUACUUCUCUUUCUGGAGGAAGAAGAUGCUUUCUGGAUGAUGAGUGCCAUUGUAGAAGACUUGGUGCCAGCUUCUUAUUUCAGCACCACCUUGAUUGGUGUUCAAACAGAUCAGCGGGUACUAAGACACCUCAUAGUUCAAUACCUCCCACGACUGGACAAGCUGCUACAGGAACAUGAUAUUGAGCUGUCUCUCAUCACUUUGCACUGGUUCCUCACGGCAUUUGCCAGUGUAGUGCACAUCAAACUGCUGUUGCGGAUCUGGGAUGUAUUUUUCUACCAAGGUUCCCUUGUCCUCUUCCAGGCCACCCUAGGCAUGCUAAAACUUAAGGAGGAAGAGCUUAUCCAGUCUGAAAACUCUGCCGCUAUCUUUAACACUCUGUCAGAUAUUCCUACCCAUAUUGAGGAUGCAGAUGUCCUACUGCGGGAAGCUAUGAUGAUUGCAGGAACCCUCACGGAAGUUAUGAUUGAGGCUCAGCGACGCAAACAUCUGGCCUACCUCAUCGCAGACCAGGGCCAACUGCUUAAUUCGACGGCUGCCGUCACUAGCCUUUCUAAGAUUAUGAGACGGCAGAGUCAGCGCCGAAAGUCUGGAAUUACCACGCUUUUAUUUGGUGAUGAUGACUUUGAGGCCCUAAAAGCCAAGAAUAUCAAGCAGACAGCGCUGGUGGCAGAUCUGAGAGAGGCCAUCCUGCAAGUCGCCCGUCAUUUUCAGUGCUCUGACCCUAAAAACUGCAACCUAGACCUGACACCUGACUACAGUAUGGAGAGCCACCAGAGAGACCAUGAGAAUUACGUGUCAUGUUCCCGAAGCAGGCACCGUAGAGCAAAGGCUCUUCUAGACUUUGAGCGUCAUGAUGAUGAUGAGCUUGGCUUCCGCAAGAAUGACAUCAUCACGAUUAUUUCUCAGAAGGAUGAACACUGUUGGGUAGGAGAAUUAAAUGGACUCCGCGGCUGGUUUCCCGCAAAGUUUGUGGAAAUUCUUGAUGAAAGGAGUAAAGAGUAUUCAGUUGCUGGGGAUGACUCUGUCACAGAGGGGGUUACAGACUUGGUUCGAGGAACCUUAUGUCCAAGUAUUAAGGCAAUAUUUGAGCAUGGACUGAAGAAACCAUCUCUGUUAGGAGGUCCCUGUCAUCCUUGGCUCUUCAUUGAGGAGGCUGCCAGUCGGGAAGUGGAGAGAGACUUCGAUUCAGUAUAUUCACGCCUUGUUCUCUGCAAGACCUACAGGUUAGAUGAGGACGGCAAGGUGUUAACUCCAGAGGAACUAUUGUACAGGGGUGUACAGUCUGUGAACGUAAGCCAUGAUGCUGCUCAUGCACAGAUGGAUGUCAAGCUCCGUUCACUUAUAUGUAUUGGUCUAAAUGAACAGGUCAUCCACUUGUGGCUGGAAGUACUUUGCUCCAGUUUACAGACAGUGGAGAAAUGGUACCAGCCGUGGUCUUUCCUGAGGAGCCCAGGUUGGGUACAGAUAAAGUGUGAAUUAAGGGUUCUGUCAAAGUUUGCCUUCAGUUUGUCACCAGAUUGGGAAUUGCCUGUGAAAAGAGAGGACAAGGAGAAGAGGCCAUUGAAGGAAGGGGUACAAGACAUGUUGGUUAAACAUCACCUCUUCAGCUGGGAUAUUGACGGCUGAUGGUGUUCUUCUUCUCGUGCUGAAUAAAUGUCUGACCCUAUGGAGUCUUACAGAACUUCACUCCAGCAAUGCACUUUUCUGUUACUACUCUACUGCCAAGAACUCUCUCCAAAAAUCUCUUCAUUAUAUAAUAAAUCUGUGGAUGUGACCUCUAGCUGAAAUCUACCAUUAAGGCAAUGGAGAAACUUGCCCACAGCCAGAAAACAGGGACGAGAUUCUGACACAUUUCAGAUCUACCCUGCACUGGACCAGUCCCAUCAUCUCAUCCCUUGACAAGUCAGAUUGUAUCCAGUUUAAUGAAGCGGGCGGUCCAAGCUCCUGAAAAUCUAUAGCUGUGUAUAUAUAAAGUACAGAGAAAUAUAUAAGUGUAUAUUUUGAAGCAGAUAUGUUGAUUUUUCUUUUUGUCAGCACAUUUCCUACCUCCUUUCAUUUUCCUUCCACUACUGAACCACGACACUUUUCAGAAAAAUUAAGUUUAAAGGGGUCAUUAUAGGGGUUGAAUAACCCCUUUAAGAGUAACAUGAGACAAUGGCUCUCAAUGAAAUGUAUUGCUGUAUACCAAGACGUCGAAGGCAACUUUUUACCUUCCAUGACUUUGGAUAGUGUAUUAAAGGACCAGUUGGCUGUGACUAGACUUCCCUUUGUAGAUUAAUAGGACAAAGCUUUGAAUGUUGCAGUAUUUUGUCGUUCUAUUUUUUUACAUGUUUUAAAUAAGUUUGAAAUACGAGCAGAUCCAAAUUCUGAACUAUAAAAUUUCCAAUUUUGUGCAAGGAGAGCUCUCUACAAUGUCUGUUACCUGAAAGCCAGGCUGUGUUUCAAUAGUAUCAUAUCACUUAUACCUCUAGUGCUGUGAUAUUCUUGAAAUGUAUAUGUUUGAAUGUUCAUUUGCAAGCACAAUACCAUAUAGAGAUUGGCUUUAUGUGCCUUCAUGUUGAGUACACGUGGAAACCCUACUCUUAUAAAGUAGAACUAAAUAUCGGGAAUGCACUGGGUCUCAUUAAUGAAAAUGAAUGCAGGGAAGAAAGUGUUGACCUUAUCAUAGUGUCCCAGAAUGAAGAGGAAAGAAAAUCAAGGGAUAAUUGCGUAUAUGAAAAUGAAGCAUGUAUGUCACGUUUCUCAUUCUUAUGUUUGACUUUACCUACACUUCCAAAAUCUCACCUGGUUUAUAACAUACAGUGCCUAAAUAAAAAUGCCAUACAGUGUCUAUAUACUUUGACUUUUUUCCAUCCAAGCAUCGUUCCCAUUUGAAUUCCAAUACUAUCUACCUAUAGUGCCAUACUGUACCAAAAAUGUAUAGUGCCCAGAUCAACACUCCAGGUUAGAGAUGAGCAAUCCAGGCAAGAUUCAGUUUGUUUUAAGUUCGACAAAUUUCUUUAUCACUAGGCAGACCAAAAAAUUGCUCUCUCUCUCGAAUUUUUAAAGAGUAGUUAGGCAAAUGUCUUAUGAGACAUUCUGGUUCUCAUCCUUCUGGAAAGAGAGCUAGCUUGCAUGUUUCAGUGAGACAGGUGUAAGCUUUGUGGGAUGUUGUAAUU